AUGAAGAAACCUGUCGCAUUGGAAGGUGUUAUUGUCAACCUCAUCGUUUUGGUAGAUGUCAUGUGCAGAAGUCCAUUUCAGCUCUCUCAAGGCAUCUGCGAUAUUUCAUUCGUCACCUCACCGUACGAGUUUUUUACGGAACUUCGUGACUCGUCAGCCUCUCCACGGACCUCUCAACAUGAAGCUACUUCACCUCCGCUCAUCACUCCAUCCACCUCGCACACCUCUUCUGCUCAACUUCCCCCUACCCUCACAGCAAACAGUGACCACAAUGCUUCCAGCUCUGAAACCCCUGCUGGUGGAUUUUCAAAUCCGGAUGACGGUCAGACAGCAUCGUCUCGUUGUGCUUCUAUCGAAUCGGCCACGCCACCGCCAGCAUCGAUGGAUCACUUCAAUACCGUUCUCUCAACGCUGUUCGGUAAAGGAGAACCUGCCAAAGAUGUGCGCGUGAUCAACGGGCCCCCACCAAAGGCCACAUCGCCUGCUCCAGAGAUCCCUGGCCCUGGACAGAUCAAGUGCCGCUUGUGUGGCAUUACAGUCAGUUGCAAAAAAAUCGCCAAUCUGACUGCUCAUGCUUUGAAGAUCCACACACCAGUACCGCUGUGGAAAUGCCCGAAAGGCGAUUGUGAAUUCGACCACGCGGAUUUCACCAGGGUGCGCUCGCACAUUCGCACCUCACAUCCGGAACUGCAAGGUGAAAUUCCUCGAGACAAUCGCAACUCGGUCACUGUGCCAGAAGCUCAGCGCUACCUCGCCCACUGUUAUCCUUCGAUUGACUGGGCGCCCACCAGUGGCCCUCAACAAGCACAGCAUCGAAGAUCACGUAAAGACGAUGCACAGCAGCGGACGACCUUACCAGUGUGGGAAUUUGCAAGUACACCAGCGUCGAAGAAGUACUUCCUUUGGAAAGUUCGAGUUCACGCGUCUAUCAAACAUCCGGAAACGCCAUGCCUUCAAAUGCUCACUGUAGCCUCACACAGUAAACCCUACCUCUACAUCAGAGAACUUUUCCCGGAUAUUGCAGCCUUGCUGCCCGAAGACGAAGUUGACGAAAUGCUCUAUGGUUUCCGACAACUCAAUCCAUCCGUGCUGCUCUCAGUGCCGACCUCACUCAAUUCGCUUUCUGACACAGUUGCUGAUAACACUGUCGCUGAUUCUACCUCAUGUUUUGACCUCAAACCACCCAAAGUAUGUCCAUUUUCAUCGAACUCUGAUACACCGGUGUAG